AUGUCGACCUUGGAGGAUCUCGACGACCUUGACCGUGAAGAGAGAGAGAAGAAGCCCCAAGAUGGCGACGGCAACGGCAGGAAGCCCUCCGGAGAUGGAGACGCUGACAUGAAAGACGCUGAGAAGAAGGACGACGAAGAGGACCUCUUGGACGACGACAUUUUACAAUCGAGCACAGCGGACAUCGUCAAGCGACGGCGGAUGCUGGAGAACGAAAUGCGUAUAAUGAAGAGUGAAUACCAACGGUUGACGCACGAACAGAGUACGAUGAGAGAAAAGGUUAAAGAUAAUCAAGAGAAGAUUGAAAAUAACAGACAACUACCAUACCUUGUCGGAAAUGUGGUUGAAUUGUUGGAUUUGGAUGUCGAGGCUGAAGCCGCCGAAGAGGGUGCCAAUAUCGACCUCGAUGCUACUCGAGUCGGCAAGUCUGCUGUCAUCAAAACCUCAACCCGUCAAACCAUCUAUCUCCCCCUCAUUGGUCUGGUAGAUCAUGAGAAGCUGAAGCCCGGUGAUCUCAUCGGUGUAAACAAGGAUUCAUAUCUUGUCCUGGAUACAUUACCCGCUGAAUAUGAUAACCGAGUGAAGGCCAUGGAGGUCGACGAGAAGCCAACAGAGAAGUACACAGAUAUUGGAGGUCUGGAUAAGCAGAUUGAAGAAAUUGUUGAAGCUAUAGUAUGGCCGAUGAAGGAGGCUGAACGGUUUAAGAAGCUCGGCAUCAAGGCACCGAAAGGUGCUCUGAUGUACGGUCCCCCCGGUACCGGAAAGACCCUCCUCGCCCGAGCCUGUGCUGCAGAGACAAACGCCACUUUCCUCAAACUCGCCGGUCCCCAACUAGUGCAGAUGUUCAUUGGUGACGGAGCCAAGCUCGUCCGCGACUGCUUCGCCCUCGCCAAGGAGAAAGCACCCUCAAUCAUCUUCAUCGACGAACUCGACGCAGUCGGCACAAAACGUUUCGACUCCGAAAAGUCCGGUGACCGUGAAGUGCAACGAACCAUGCUGGAACUCCUCAACCAGCUGGACGGCUUCGCCUCCGACGACCGUAUCAAGGUCCUCGCCGCCACUAACCGUGUCGACGUCCUGGACCCCGCUCUCCUCCGUUCUGGCCGUCUGGACCGCAAGAUCGAAUUCCCCCUCCCCAACGAGGAAGCCCGCGCCAACAUCCUGCAGAUCCACUCCCGCAAGAUGGCCGUAGACGACAGCGUCAACUGGGCCGAACUGGCCCGCAGCACGGACGAAUUCGGCGGUGCCCAACUCAAGGCCGUCUGCGUCGAGGCUGGUAUGAUCGCUCUCCGGAAGGGAAUGAGCAAAGUCGGACACGAAAACUACGUCGAUGCUAUCGCGGAAGUACAAGCCAAGAAGAAGGAUACCAACAUGGGCAUCUACGUCUAA